CACCAGUCCGCCCCGCAAGCUCCCAGCCGGCCGCGCGCCCAGCCCCAGUCCGCCCCGCAAGCUCCCAGCCGGCCGCGCGCCCAGCCCCAGCUCGCCCCGCGUCAACUCCCGGUCCGCCAUUUUGCGCUGCAGGUCAGAGACCGGGGAAGAAGUGGCGGCUUUAGCUCACCCGCCACCCCUCAGCUCAUCCCCAUCCACCCGCCGGAGCUCCGCCUCUCCCACCGGAGCCGCAACAUGCUGGCUCGCGCUGCGCUCGCCUCUGGGUCCUUACUGAAGACAUCUGCCCCUAUUGCUGCAAGUUUGGUGCCAGUUUCCAGGAAUUUCCAUGCUAGCUGUCAGUCUCGGGCACCAGUGCCUCCCCUUCCUGAAGAAGGAGGCAAGGUGCGCUUUGGUCUGAUUCCAGAGGAAUUCUUCCAUUUCCUUUACCCCAAAACUGGAGUUACAGGACCUUACAUGCUUGGCACUGGACUGUUGACUUACCUUCUGUCAAAGGAAAUUUACGUCAUUAACCAUGAGACAUUUACUGCCAUCUCCAUUGGCAUUGUUAUCCUCUACAGUGUUAAGAAGUUUGGGAAGGAUGUGGCAAAAUUUGCUGACAAGUUGAAUGAGGAAAAAGUUAAAAACGCACAAGAAGUGAAAGACCUUGCUGUUGCCAGUCUGACAGAAGCCAUUGAACAGGAGAAUAAGGAGCAGUGGAGAAUAGAAGGGCGGCAUUACCUCUUCGAUGCUAAGCGGAAUAACGUUGCAAUGAUUCUGGAAACUAACUACCGUGAGCGUCUGCACAUGGUGUACGAUGCAGUGAAGAAGCGACUGGAUUACCAAGUCAGCCUCCAGCAACUGCAGCGACGGCUCGCUCAAGAGUACAUGGCUAACUGGGUUGAGAAGAGUGUAAUCCAGAGCAUCACACCGCAGCAGGAGAAGGAGAGCAUUGCCAAGUGCAUCGCCGAUCUGAAGGUGCUGUCAAAGACUGCUCAGGCAAAUGCCUAACCUUAGUCCAAAAUUACUAUCCACUUAACCAACUUACUCUGUAUGUGUAACUUUGAAAAAGAUGGAAUAUUCCAAAAAACUGCACUGACUGAAAUGUUCUGAAAACCUGUGAAGAAACAUUAAAUGCAGUGCUGAUAAACCUCCA